AUGGCGCCCUCAAAAACGAGCAGGAACACGCGCCCUGCGCCCAAGACUUCCAAUCCGAAGACUCCAAAGCGUCCUAGUACGACAAAUAAGAGCAUCCUCAACUUCUUUCAAAAAGUCGACCGCCCCGAAGAGUCAAUGUUCGUGGGCGGCGAAACUGCUGUCGCGGUGGCAAAUCCACCCGCCCAAGAGGAGGAUGACAUCUACGGUGCCGAGGACCCGGUAUUGGAAGAGAGGUAUAACGAGGCCCAGGGACCAAGCAAGAGGAGGAAAUUGAGCAGUAUCCAAGACACACAGGACGAGAACGUGUUGCCAACCACGACAAAACCCGAGCCACAGCCUAAAGCGACCUCUGUGAAAUCGUCUCCGCCGCCAAGGAAGCCGCGGAAAGGACCGUUCCUGGACGACUCUGACUCUGACUCCGAACCCGACAACGAUGGCAAAUCUAUCGUGGAUCAGUCGAAUGGCUCAAAGCCCACAAAGGCAUCCCCGAGUAAGGAGGACCAGGAAGUAUGGCCAACGACACCCAAGGACCCGGAGAGGACGAGUCUAACCCCUGCCCCUGCUCCAGUCUCCAGAGGAACGACCCCGCCGCCGUUCAAGAACGAGCCAUCGACCGACGGAGAUUUCGGCGACCUCGAAGGCCUGAACGAUGAAUUCGACGACGACCUAUUCGAGGGCGAGGAGCUGCGCGAGAUGCGGUUCAUCAAAGAGCAGGCUCGGCUGGAGGCUGAAGAGGCUGGGAUACAAACCUGUGACGACGGGCUCGAGACGAUGAUGGAAGACGACGGGAUGACGGAAAGCUGUCCAAUAUGUAAUAGCAGCCUCGCAGGCGUCACACCCGAUCAGGCCACCGUACACGUCAACUCGUGUCUGGACGGCAACCCUACACCUUUACCAUCAACGAAGCCCACGAAACCGCCUCCACCCGAAACGAAACACGUUAAACCAGGGGUUUCAGCCGAGAAAAGUACAGACCUGGUCUCGGCGCCAGAGGUCGGCAAACGGUUCGCUCGCGCCGCGGUCGCGCGGCCGGGUCAAGCAAAUCCAAUUGAGCUCGGUGGAGGGUCAAGCAAGAACGGCGGCGGCUCCACAACGGCCUUUUCAAAGCUGAUGUCUGGCCAUGCCGAAGACAACGCCUGGGCAACUGCAGCCGCAGCAGAACACGCAGCCCGGGGCAAGCCUGCAUACCAGCGGACAUGUCCCUUCUACAAGAUCAUGCCGGGCUUUCACAUCUGCGUAGACGCCUUCCGGUAUGGCGCCGUGGAUGGAUGCAGGGCGUAUUUCCUCAGCCAUUUCCACAGCGACCACUACAUCGGCCUGACUGCCAAUUGGACACACGGCCCUAUAUACUGCAGUAAGGUCACGGGGAGCCUGGUCAAGUCCCAGCUGAGGACGGCGGAGAAGUACGUCGUGGAGCUGGAGUUCGAGAAGAAGGUGCCUAUACCCGGGACCGACGGAGCAUUCGUGACCAUGAUUCCUGCAAACCACUGUCCCGGAAGUUCCCUGUUCCUCUUCGAAAAGACCGUCUCAAAUCCCAAUCCACUUUCACAUUCAAAGGAGAAGCGGGUACAGCGCAUCUUACACUGCGGCGACUUCCGGGCGUGUCCAGCACACAUCGAGCACCCACAACUGAGACCAGAGACCAUCGAUGCGCUAGGCAAAGUCAAGCAGCAAAAGAUCGACGUCUGCUACCUCGACACCACGUAUCUCAACCCACGUUAUUCUUUCCCGCCACAGACCGACGUCAUCCAAGCGACAGCCAACCUGUGCCUCGAACUAGACACGAGCCUCCGAGCGGAAGACGAAUCCGUCUGGAACAGCGUCCUCCGCCGACGCGAGGGCCGCGGCGUGGGGAACAACGACACGGUCAGCCGCUUCUUCGUCGCAGCCGACAAGCCCGCCCCAGAAGGUAAGCAGGCCGCCCAGGACAACACCACCACCUCCACCACCAAGAAGUCCACCCCCGGCAGCCCAAACGCCUUCACGGCGCUGGGCCAGAAGGCGCGCGACAACCGCAACCGGCUCCUGGUGGUCUGCGGGACGUACAGCAUCGGCAAGGAGCGCAUCUGCAAGGCGAUCGCGCGGGCGCUGGGGACGCGCAUCUACGCGCCCGCCGCCAAGAUGCGCAUCUGCUCGCAGCUGGGCGACCCGGAGCUGUCGGCGCUCAUGACCUCGGACCCGGCCGAGGCGCAGGUCCACAUGCAGAUGCUGAUGGAGCUGCGCGCCGAGACGCUCGCCGAGUACCUCGACGCCAACCGGCCGCACUUUGGCCGCGUCGUCGGGUUCAGGCCGUCCGGGUGGAACUACCGGCCCAGCCUGGCCAACAACAACGGCAGCGCCGGUGGGGGCGGUGGCGGCGUCGGGGGAGGGGCAGUAGGAGGAGGAGGCUCGGCGGCCCAGGUGACGGCCAACAUGCCCCCCAGCUCCGUGCCAACGGCGCACAUCCUCCACGGCCCCGCGUGGCGCACGCGGUUCGGCCCGCGCGACCUGGUCCCGCAGCAGGGCAGCUCGCGCGACGCCAUGUGCUUCGGGGUCCCGUACAGCGAGCACUCGAGCUUCCGGGAGCUGAUGCUCUUCGUCAUGUCGCUGCGGAUCGAGCGCGUCGUGCCGACCGUCAACGUCGGGAGCGAGCCGUCGCGCCGGCGCAUGCGCGGGUGGACGGACCGGUGGCUCUCUGAGAGGCGGCGGGGAGGCGUCGUGCGGCUUGUGCGGGAGGAGGGGGACGGGGGUGAGGACGAGCUUGGGAGUGAUGGGGAGGCGAGGGAGGGGUCGGGGAAGAAAGGUGGUGGUGGGGACGUUGCGAUGUGGGAUGGGAAGGACGGACGCGGCGGCGGCGUGUACUGGUAG